AUGAGAGUUCCACACAGAGGUCGCGGGCGAGGUCCGCAGAGGCGGCGGGGGAGGAGAGAAAUUCGAGGGCGAGGGCGGCCGCGGGAUCACACGGGGACGAGAGGUCCUUGCGGAGCUGGUGGGUCGCGAGGGGGAGAACGGAUGUGGAGGGGGAGAAGCUGA